AUGAAUAGAAACUCUGACUUUAGUACAGUGAAGAUCAGGGGAGAGCGCGAACGCAGUCCCCCACUACCACAAAUUAUGCAGUCGAGAUUCCCACAUUUGGGGAAUUCGCAGGGGUCAGCACAACCGGAGUGCAAUGGCCGAGCCUCGCCCUGGGUGAACCACCUUCAUGAUCAUGGUAUCUCCCCUGCCAGGUAUUUCCAGUACAAGAAGACCAAACCUAGGAUAUUGAAUCACUAUGGUCCACUUCCCAAUAAACCCUCAGUUGAAUCAUACUGCUCCUUCUUUAGUGACUGUGUUCAUGUGGUUACAUCCAGGACCUGCAAGUACCUUCACUUCACAGACCCGGAUGAGAAGUUCCGGCCAAGUGGCACAGCCUUGCGUGAGAUCUUCCUAAUGUCUUACAUCCAGUGCAGCUUCCAGCUGAACCUUGCCAAUAUCUUCAGCUGCACAGUGAUGACUCAAAGACAGAGGUUCCUUCUGGGGACUGACUGGGUCUGGGCUGUGCUGGAUCCACCCAGUAAAAACCCCAGAAUCCAGAUUGCUGUGCAGGUCCUGUAUCUUGCAGAGAACUCUCAGGAGAAUUUUGAAGAAUAUUCCAGCAUGUGGAUGGAGCCAUUUCAGGGAACUAGAGCUGAGAGACUGGUGGAGUGCUGUGCUGGUAUUGGGAGGAGCUGCUUUGUUUUGUUCCUCUUCUUUAGACAUUAGAAUGAUCCUGGGAACAUCUGCGGUCUGCUGAGCAACAACCUGUAACAGUCACUUGGGAAGUGCAUUAGAAUUGAUCAGGCAUUUAUUGAGGGGUUUUUCAAAGGGGCCAGGGGUUUUGUUACUGCCACUGAGAUGCUGCAAGAGGUGAUUGGUAAGAAGGAUACUGACCCUCUCAUCAUGCUUGUCAAGUUCAGGUAACAUUAUCAGAAUUAUGAUCACCAUCAUCAGCUGCUUUUGCUAAUUACACCUGGCAAAGUCGAUGGACAAUUGGAGCAAACGGCCUUGAUGUGGUGUGUUUUGUGUCUAAUGUGGCAUGCGGUACCUGGCUCUGAUAUUUCUGUCCAGAGUCUGUCUUGUAACAUCUAUCUAGAUGUAUAUUUUCACAGAAUUAUUUCAUGAUGCUUUAUGUAUAAUUGUAGCACACACACCAGCAACAGUUCUUUGUCAGCCUUUGUUUGUAGACACAUAAUCCAACACUGUGACUCACUGCUAAUGAAUAGAUAUUUAAAGGAAUAUUUCAGCCAUACAUUAAGUUUAAUAUAAUUUGCACUCUGCAAACCUGGAAACCAAGCUUCAAUGGCUUGGUAUUGGCUUCAUAACUUACCAACUGACCAAAGAGGCAAAGUUAAGAGACCAAAUACGUAUACAUUUAGGAAAGAUGGGAAAAAAUUGGUGUAAUUUCUUUUUCUGUAUGAAAUACACCUUUAAACUAACUAAAAAAAAAUCCAUCUUUAUCUCACUGCUUGAGAGUGCAUGUUGAGGUAAUGAAUACAUUUUAACACAUUUAUAUACAGUAUGUAAUUAUAAAAUAACCCAUUAUGUAAGGAAAGAAACACGGAGACAUGCUGUUACAUGAAAUGAAGCAGAAUUAAUAUUGCCAUCAGGAACUGGAUUAUUUUCUUAUAACAUGUCCUGAAGUUUUUUUCCCCCACUUAUGCCACAGCAAUUUGCCAACGAUUAUUCAUUGAAAUGUUUAAUUAUUUACGAACGUCAUUCUUUAGUUCCUGUUAUCACUUGCAUUAUAGCAGCUAUAAACUCAAAGUACAAAGUCGUUUCCUCACCAGCCUCUCUUGAAGUUAAGACAAAAAAAUUGUAACUUGUUACUGAAAAGCCACAAAACGUAAACUCCUCUGUCUCAAAAGCAUUAAAGUGGUGGGAAACUGUAGGUUACAGCUUUAGUUCUGAAACUGGAGACUCCUUCCAUAAAUGUUAAUUGGAAAAAAUAAACAUCUCACAGAAAACUUUGCCAUAUCAGUGUUUGUUUCUCUUUGUUCAAUAAGACGUACAUGUGCAGCAUCUAUUCAUGCCCCUAUGGAUUAGCCAUUAGUACAGAAAUUGUUACGUGACGCUGACAGAGACAAACGCGG